AUGGGUUAUAUUGGGUUAUAUGUGCCCCCCGGGUUUAUAAGGCCCCUUAAGGGCCCCUACCGGUCCCUACCGGUCCAUACUGGUCUCUACUGGUCCAUACUGGUCCCCGCAGUGCUGCGGUGCCUGGGGCUGCCCACCCGCACGGUCACCAACUACAACUCGGCCCAUGACACCGACGUGUCCCUCACCACCGACAUCUACCUGGACGAGAGCAUGAAGCCCAUGGAGCGCCUCAACACCGACUCCGUCUGGAACUUCCACGUGUGGAACGACUGCUGGAUGAAGAGGCCCGACCUCCCCUCUGGCCACGAUGGGUGGCAGGUUGUGGACGCCACCCCCCAGGAGACCAGCAGCGGGCUGUUCUGCUGCGGGCCCUGCUCGGUGGAGGCGGUGAAGAACGGGGAGGUCUUCCUCAAGUACGACACCCCCUUCGUGUUCGCUGAGGUGAACAGCGACAAGGUGUACUGGCAGCGCCAGCCCAACGGCACCUUCUCGGUGGUGCACGUGGAGGAAGGCGCCAUCGGGCGCCGCAUCAGCACCCUGGGGCCCGGCUCCACCGCCCGCAUCGACAUCACCCACCAGUACAAGCAC